AUGAGACACUUGGUUGCGCAUGCAGCUACCCUCCUUGCCGUUGCUACUGCCAGCCUUGGCAGAGCUUUGAACGGUGGAUUGUCGCAUGGAUCUCUAGCGAAUCCGCCGACUGCUGAAUACGCCGCAGAAACACGACUCGCGGAUGUCCUAGAGACGCAAACGUCUUGUCAAUACCGUCAGGCUGCAACCUUCCCGAAUGCGGCUACGUCAGAACAAGGUGCCGGCGGUGAGAAAGCUUCUGCCCAUUUUGACCUUGUCGUCAUUGGAGGUGGAAGCGGAGGCGUGGCGUGUGCCCGUCGCGCUGCAAGCUACGGCGCCUCUGUGGCGCUUGUGGAGAAGGCCAAUGUUGGAGGGACGUGCGUGAACUUGGGGUGCAUGCCUAAAAAGGUCAUGUGGCUCGCCUCUAACCUUGGCGCUUCCUUCGAGGCGAUGCCUUACUAUGGCUUUUCAGUUCCUAACAGCGAAGAGGAUGCACGAAGCAGUGCAGCGCAGGCACAAGGGAGUUCAGAAAGGUUCCCCGCAAGCGACCGCGUUGCAUUCUCCUGGGAGAAACUCCGAGAAAAUCGGGAUGCUUAUGUGUCGCGAUUGCGGUGCACCUUUGAGAGAUUGCUAAAAGAGGCGAAGGUCACAGUUUUCCGCGGAGUUGGCCGACUCGAUGCCUCCGAGCGAACGGGAGAAUACGGACUUCGUAGCGCCGAAGGCUGCCGCCCGCGUCAUGCAGUUCUGAUUCAAACUUCCGAUGGGCGCGUUCAGCGGGUUACUGCCUCCCACGUCCUCCUCGCAACAGGCACCCGACGUCAAGUCCUCGAUAUUCCCGGAGCAGAAUUCGCGAUCAGCAGCGACGGAUUUUUCCAGCUCAGACACCGCCCGCGACGUGUGGCGCUUAUCGGCGCCGGUUACGUGAGCGCGGAACUGGCUGGCAUCCUUCGGCAGCUGGGCACCAACGUCUCGGUUUUCAUGCGUGGUCAAAGACUCCUGAAGCGAUUCGACAAGGAAGCAGUGGGGAGGCUCGAGGCGAUACAGAGCGAGUCCGGAACACAGCUGCACAAGGGUGUCGAAGUUGUCGAGAUUUCAAUCUCCAAAGCAGACGGGACCAAGAUCUUGCCCACUUAUACCUUCCGCGACGAAACAGACAAGACGAACUAUCUCGACGAUGCACUUCUCAGCGUGCAUCUCGGCAACGGCGACGCCCACCACGGAUUCGAUCAGGUUAUCAUGGCUGUCAAUCCGGCGCCGGAUGUUGAAGAUCUCGGCCUUGAGGAAGCAGGCGUCCAUAUUGAUUUCCACUCUGGCGGAUUCAUCGAUGUAGACGCUUUUCAGAAUACGAACGUGCCCGGCAUCUACGCCGUUGGAGAUGUCGUCGGGAAGGCCAUGCUGGCUCCGGCCGCUGUGGCAGCUGGCCGUCUUCUUGCAGACCGUCUUUUCGGUAAAAGGAGCGUCGCUCUAGAUCUCUCAGUCGUUCCCACUGUCGUUUUCUCUCAUCCACCCCUCGCUGCUGUUGGGCUGACAGAGGAAGAUGCUAAAUCCCUCUACGGAGAGGAAAACAUCAACGUCUACACCUCCACGUUCGUAGACUCCUUCUACGCUGCGUGGAGUAUUCCACAGUCAACGAAACCGAAAUCCUUCAUCAAGAUGGUCUGUCUGAAGAAGGCGAACGACAAAGUUCUGGGUCUACACAUUCUUGGGCGCAAUGCAGACGAGAUGCUCCAGGGAUUCGCAGUUGCAAUCAAAUUGGGAGCAACGAAGGCAGAUUUCAGCGGCGUCUUGGCCAUCCAUCCAACUGCAGCGGAAGAAGUUGUCACGUUGCCCGACCUGAAGACAGCAACUCGAACGGCGAGAACGGUUGCGGAAAAUAACUUUGGCAACUGUACUCCGGUCGCAGAAUCCCCCUUGCAGCGACCAGCGUAA